AUGGGUGCCCAGAGCCGUCAUGUUUUCCAAGUCGCCGUGCUUGGCUGCCUCGUCGCCGCGGCGCUGUAUGCUAUGAAGCAGCGCAAGUCGAUGACCGCCAAGCCGCCCAAAGCCCCGCGCAAGCCGUCCGCGGCGCGCGCCCAGUCGGACAUUACGGACACGCAAAUGGUGUACACGGAGCCGGAGCACAUCAAGAUUUCGCGUCGUGGGUCGGUCGGGCCCAAUGACAUCCUCGUCAUUGGCGUCUGCGGUGGCACGGGCUCGGGCAAGACGACGUUGUCGCGCGCGAUCAUUGAAGAGAUUGGGGAGGCCAACGUCUCGUAUUUAUCGCACGACUACUACUACCGUGACAUCUCGAACCGGACCCUCGAGCAGCGUGCCCAGCACAACUUUGACCACCCGGAUUCGCUCGAGACGUCGCUCUUGGUGCGCCACUUGGAAGCGCUCCGCGACGGCGUCACCGUCGAAGUGCCCAUACCAUGGUGCCCCGCCGCGUGA